ACACUGUUUGCCGUUGUUCAGCCAAAAUCAGCUGUUUUAGCCAAAGUGUUGUUAAAAGUAAAUUUUUGCAGUAAAUUUAAACAAUCGUGUAGUGUAGGCUUACUAUGUGCACCGCUUGUACCGCAGCAUAACGCCCAACGGAAGCCGCAAUGCAUUUGCGCCCGCGCUGUCGCGAAUGGCUGCCGUUGGCAACGCAGCAGUUGCGACUCCGCAACCUGGCGCGCAUACAAGGACUCAACAUUCAGUACACCUUGGACGCCAGCGCCGGCGAGGAGUUUGGCUUGGAGGAGCAGGAGCUGCUUGUCUACUAUACACUUCAUGCAGAUAAGGCUAGUGAAGCGUUCUACACCAGCGAGGCGUUGCCGCAGCGUCACCAGCAGCAAAAGUGGGCGGAGAUAUGUGCGGGCGAUGACGUCUGGCGUAAGUCCAAUGCACAGUGUGUGUGUGUCAAAGUCUGGGCACAGUAUCAGCCAACUGCCCAGCAGGCAGACGGGCCAAACGAGACUGAACAAGAAACGGAGCAGCAGCAAAGUGAGCUGCAGGGUCAGCGCUCAACGAAUGUGCAGUUAACGCCUCACACGCUGCCACGCCCACCGGAGCUAUUGUUCAGUUGGGGCGUAUACUUUUCCGGCCUCAUACCCCUCGCGCCGCUGGCGAUUGCCAAUUGCCAAGCCAACUGUCUGAUUUUCCAUUUAAAUGGCGAGCACUUUACCUCACCGGCGCUGAUAAGUGAGGAGGGUUUGCACGCCCAGCUGCAUCUACAAUACCGGCGCUGUGCCGAGUAUGACAAUAAUGAACGGAAUGCGGCCAUCGAAAGCGGCGCAGCCGGCAUUAAUUCACCGCCUGUGAGUCGCAGUAGCAGCCCCGUGCUACAGAUGAGUACCAUGCGCUACGCCCAGCUGGGAUGUCGACUGGUGAAUCUGCGACGAAGUUACAAUUUGGAGAGUCUCCUGCUGCUGCAGCGGCGUCAGCGAGAUCAGCGCAAGAAAUUGCGCGACGUGGAGGAAGUGAGCAGGGAAAUCGCACGUCUCAGCGUGCAUUGUAUUACUCGAAAUGAGCUGAGGUUAAAGCCGCGCACUACUUCACUCUCCGGCUCGCCCUAUGGCAGUCAGCAUUCUCAGCAUUAUCAUUCCAUGGGCCGCACGCUUAGCGUGCUGCUGGCAGAGCAACAAGAGAUUGCGCCCUUGACCCUCUACAGUGCCCAGCAGCUGAUGCAGCAGAUUGAGGCAUUGCGCUGCAAGCAGCGUUUGCUCCAGACCGAACUCGCAACCUUUAAAGAACGCAAUGCGCGACAGCAGGAGCGUUUACAAUUUCUGCGGGAACAGCGCGAGGAUGCGCAGUAUAAGCUGCACAACCAACAGCUUCAGCUAGAGCAACACCGUCUGGAGUUCCGCACACAGGCGCCACAACAGCUUAUAGAGCGUGAACAGAAACGUCAAGUUGUACUUCAGGUGGAGCGCCGCAUGUCAACAUUGGUGCUGGAAUUGCAGGAAAUUUAUAAUAUCAAGAGUCUAAGAGAGCAACAGUUUAGCAUUUGUGGCAUUGCUUUUCCCCACAUGGAGCAUUAUGCGAGCGAAUCGCGACAGGCGACCAAUGCGCAGCUUCUGGAGAACGUCUCGCCGCUGGCGGUGAGUGCAGCGCUCGGCUAUGUGGCGCAUCUCGUGCAGAUGCUGGCUUUCAUUAUGGAUCGCCCACUACGCAAUCCCAUAUACUAUGAACCGUCUCGAGCACGCAUCGCAGACGAAAUCAAGGAACUCACCUACCCCACACGAGAGUUCCCUUUGUAUACGCGUUCCAUUCUGCCAUCUCAGCAAACCAAGUACGGUAUUUAUUUACUGCGGCAGAACGUUUCGCAGCUGUGCUAUGACAUUACCGGUCACUGUGAUAUGCGCAACACAUUUGGUAAUCUGUUGGAGCUAUUCGACACGCUGCGCUACAUUGAGCGCACUCAGCGCGAUGAAGUUGAUCACGGGGACAAAUCGCCUGGUAAUGGUAGACAUGUCAACGGCUUGACCGCAGCGACUGCCAACACCCAACUCUCACAGUCGCACUCAUCGGUGGACAUGAAUCAUGUGCCACUGCCUACAACGGCAAACGCCGCCAAAGAUGCACUGCUCCAGCAGUUGCUGCCGUCGGGCGUGAGUCAGGCACUGGCCAUCGAGGGCUAUGCGUCAACGCAGCGAAUAUGUCGCUCAGUGGGCUCCUAUUCGGAUGGCGAGGAAGAUUUUCGGGCCAGAUUGGAACAGAACUACUCCAAUUCAGACUCAAACAUAACACUGCAAACGGAGCGCAGAUAGGAUAAUAUUUGUGUGCUGCGGUUCAAUGUAACCACAUAUUUACCUAAACAUAAUACAAGUAUCUAUAUUUAUAUAAACUGUCGUAAAGCCCCAUAAACAAAGCAAUGUGUUUAUUGGUUGUGUUGAGUUUUAGCAAAAUUUAUUUUCACUAGAUUGCUUUUAACGUAUUAUGUACUUGAAACACUUGUAUAUUUAUUUUUAAAUUAUAGAGUGCUUUGGUAAGCAAACUACAA